GACCCCCCCAACGGCACAACACUUUCUGCCGACAUACCUGGUUACUGCCCACCCCUGCGGAUUGACUGUCGAGUGAUUAUUCACGGUCGGUGCAAAAUCAAAAGCGACAAAGGACAGACACGGGCCAGCGCGGGAAGCAAUGCCGUCCACGUCAGCAGCACGUGCGUGGGACACACUUGGUACCCACCAUAGCCAAGCGUCGUGUAACUCUCGACGGGAAGAUCAUCUUCCAGGUGACCAGCACCAUGGUGGUUUCCUGAAAGGUGCAAGAUGGACGAUGGCAUGCCACGUGUCAACGGGAAAGUGCAGGUCGUCAAUCUCACUGCCGGCCAGCUGGACGUCUCAGAAUCGCAGGCGGAGCUGCACGUGGAACCUGCAGAACGCCAACAACCGGUUUGAUCGGUUUGAUGGCAACAGUCAGAAAGACAGUCCGUGGUCCUCGCAGUGUCCGGCUGGUCCAUUGUGUGGUCCCCACCCCCACCGCGAUCCCGGUCCGCACGCCCGGACAUUGAAUCUUAAGAAAGCCGGGCGGAGAGGAAAGGCAGUGGCCGAGCCAGCCUCUCUGGUGGCCAUGACAGAAGAUGACGUGGCAGCAGAAGAAGAAGCGGCAGCUGAUCGAGUGCUGCAUAAGAUGCGCGCGACUGAUGACGUGGCGAAUGGAUCGUCGGGAUCUGUGGUAUUAGUGGAGGAGGAAGGCGCGGAAGACCACCAAGACUCUAUCUUGCCGGCUGAGGAAGGGGGGUCACAGAGAGUGCAGUCGACGGCAGUCUCUGAGAAAAAGGACUCGGCAGAUAGCCGAUUGUUGUCGGUAGAGGAAAUGAGAAAGGAGGUGAGGCGAAGACGGAACUUCGCCAUCAUUUCGCACCCCGAUGCGGGGAAAACGACUCUGACAGAGAAGCUGUUGCUGUAUGGUGGGGCCAUUCAUGAAGCUGGUGCGGUGAAGGCACGGAGAGCCGCACGGCAUGCCACUUCUGAUUGGAUGGAGCUGGAGCAACAAAGAGAUUACCUUCAGCGGGUACAGGCAUUCACUGAUGCUGUAGCAACCGCAAAGGCACAGGAGGAAGCAGAGGCGGAACGUCAACGGCUGGCCAAAGAGGCGGCAGCCCAAGCUCAGCAGACUGCUGAGGAUGACGCAGCAGCACGGGACCAACGGAAUGCCGCCAGCACGGAAUCCCUGAUUCAUAAUGAGAAUCAGUGGACAACGAUCCUCGAGGGCAUGAUCUUUGUGCCUUCGGCAGAGCAGGCAGAUCCGACACUGGCUGAGGUAGAGAGGACUCACCUGGCUAACGUGAUGUUGACAAUGAUGCGAGCGAUCAUGUGGAACAAUACGAUGUUAGCAGACAGACUCAACGGGCGCAUCGAUCACGUCGUCAAGCUCAUCGGCGACAUAGGUAUUUUCAAUGGGCCGGACACGAUCAGUAGCACGGUGGCCGCCAUCAAGACGGACAUCACCAAGCUACAGACGAGACCGGACGCCGCGACGAAGAGUUACAAGAUGCCACACUUCGACAUCAGCAAGUUUGACGACCACAACAAGACGGACGCCUUGGCAUGGUGGCAACGUUUCCUUACGGAAGCAUCCUGCCGCACUGUCCCAGACGACUACAUGAUGAAGGCGCUAUACUUACAGCUGAUUGGAGGAGCGCAGACAUGGAUGAACCACCUGGCGGCUACCCACACAUGCACCAUCGCCGAACUUCACACGCACAUCACGUGGAGGGAGUUCGAGCAGCUAUGGUUCACCCGGUUCAUGGUCCGCAACGUCGUGAAGGCGACCAUGAACGAGGUGUACACCUGCUCUCAAGGAAGUAUGCCAACUCGAGACUAGACAACCAAGUGGCAGAAGAUAGUGACCAUGCCAGGCUUCGAUUUGACUUUUCCAAAUCAACGAUCCGAUUUCUU